UCCUACCAUCCGAUCACCCAGAAUAAUACAGUCCAUGAGUAAGUCUUCUCUCCAUCUGCUUAGAUUUUGCCUGUCCUACUUCUGCGAGAUUGUUGGUGUCCUGUCAUCCUUUCACAUCAGUAGAUUCCAGGGCUUAACCGAUCACACCCUCCUUAAAAUAUUGCCCAUUGUUAGCAUGAAUUCCUCAUCCCCAGAGCGCAAAGGGGUGGCAUCGGACGAGGACGCGGAAACCCAACUUUGCCUUCAGUACGCAGGAUUGCAUUCAAAUGAAAGGUAUCCUGAUGAUCAGUCAUUCUUGAGAUUGCUCCAAGAAUCUUCAGCGAGCAGAGUUAAGGAAUACCUCGAUGAACUCACUGAAGCUUAUAGCAGAGCAGAAGAUCAGCCAACAGCUUUUCGUAACGAGAUAUGGCAUGCAUUUCUUCUCAGAAAACCUCGGGCCUGGUCGACUAUGAGAUCGAUUUACAAAUUGGAAGAAGAUGUCGACCUAGACAAAGAAUUUAUCGAGCUCGCUUUCUUUCAUCAGUAUCCACGUUGGUCUCAGCAAGGAAACGUGUCAUACAGAGAGAUGCUCGACGCGCUCCUUGAAGGUUCCGUUGCCGCAGGAGAGGAGCUUCUUGCUGCUAUAGAACCCGAGUCCAAACAUACCCAGAUCCUCAAGGCUGGUUACCGACACCCAUACCUGCGGCAUGAAACUAUUUUGAAACCGAUCCUCAAGCGCCUUAGCGAAGCUACUCAAAAGUGGACACGAGGGGAAUAUCUUGCUCCGUAUACCACCUUGCUUGGCCCAAAUCUGGUGGGAAAGACCCGAUUACUACAGCAACUUUCGAAAAACAUCUGUGUAAUCUACAUCUGCCUGUGCCCCCAUAAUUCGACUGGACUACCCUCGAGGUCUCCGCUCGCUGAUGAGAUGGUUCCUGCCGCGAAGAAUUUCUACGAAUUAGAACUAGUGUAUACCCGAUUCCUAGCGGCUGUUUUCCACGUGGUAGCAGAAUUCUUUUCCAAACAACCAGCUCAGAUUAGCGAAGAGAAACGACUGAAGAAGUGGUUCAAGUUCAAUAGUGAAUAUGAGGAUGAGUUUGCAUCCAGAGUUCGUGAGAGAAUGCGAGAAGUUUCGAACGCUAAGCUGGAUGAUCAUGCCACACUCGGUACUAGUUUGAAGAAGAUGCACGAAAGCACAUGCUUUAUCCAGAACCCGCACCUGAAGGUUUUGCUGGCCAUCGAUGAAGCCCGGGAGCUCGCAAAGCUAGAAACAAGAGAUUUCUUGAGGGAAUCAUACUUUCUCAUUCUUCGGCAAGUUCUGUCCACAAUACCGGGUUCGCUUGGAUUCUUCGCCAUCUUUACAGACAUCCCAUUAGCUGCGGCGGAACCCAACCGAACUAUAUUCUAUGAUCCUACUGGAAGACCCGAUCCUGGUUCCAUCCCCAAAGAACUGUUCCCGCCUAUAUAUGAUAUUGGCACCUUUGACUCGAAGGUUCCCCCAGGUCGACCAAAAACAUGGGCAGAAUUGCUAUCCCCGCGACGCCUUUUCAGCUACGGCCUCCCAUUUUUUCGAAUUUACGUCGAGGGAGCAGAGGAGAAAGGGAUGACAGAUCAUAUGAUUGUUAGGAACAUCGGUCAGAUCGCCACUCAGAAGUUACUAGGCUUUACAAAGGCCCAUGAACCUCUCUCCGAAGGUCAAGUGUUUGCUUUGAUGGGUUCUACUAUUCAGCCACGUACCACUUCAGCCACAAAGUUGAAUUCUGAGCUCAUUUCAAACCAUCUUGCUAUGUGCUUGUACAUUUCGCCAUCACGCGACCGAGUCAUCAGCGAAUACCCAUCUCAAUUCGCUUGUUCCAUGGCAGCUAACCACUUCCUUGCAACCGACGAGAGUAGGUUAAUUGACUGUAUCGAUGCUCUCACUUCUGCUCUGCAACCAGGGGUCAUCUCCUCGGGGAAUGCUGAAGAGUUGGCUAGUCGAAUCAUCUUGUUGCGGGCGAUGCACAAAGCCAUGUCGAUUUCCGAGGAUCAGAUCGACAUUCCAUAUGGGUGCUCCGUUCGCUUGGUGGAUUUCUUAUGCGCCUUGACUGGAUCAGAAGAACAAGACCUUGAGCUUGGCGACAUAGAGUCUCAGCACAAAAAACGACUCUUGACUGAAGCUCGAAUCUUCUGGAACCACUUCAUACAGAUCACUUAUACACCACACGCGAGCGAUCUUUUGGAAUUCAUGUACCGAGGCAUGGCAGUACAGUGCAUGCCCAUGCAGCCGGGAUUCGACCAAUUAUUUACGAUUUACUUCGACUCGGGUGAUCCGAACUCAGUACUCACGAAAGAUCACAUCUCAUUCUGCGGCGUACGAGUGAAAAAUGAAGAAUUUAGUUUUGAGAGAGAAGCUUCCGAGUGGACUGAUGAGUAUGCAGAGAUCAAAAUCAACCCAGAAAAUCCAUAUCUUUCCAUCCUCUUCAGUUUUAAAACCCAAUCAACUCAACAACAAUCAUUACCCAAAAUUCUCAAUCGGGGCUCUCUAAUCUUCCAUGGCCUCACCGAUAUCAAAUGUCUGACGGCUGGGAUUUCUGAAGCCCUGGACAAACUGCUAGCCGUUGAAGAUGACGUGCGAGGAUUCCACAAAGAAAAUCAAAUGAAAAACUUCUUGGAAACCGCUAGCCCGGUUGUCUAUCCCAGACAUUGAUCGCUCGGUUGACGAAGAAUCGGACUUCAAAACCUUCCAUCAAACCACUCGUUUGGCUGUUUAACUCAUACCGAGCCCACCAUCUCAGGUUGAGCAAAACUUGGACUCUGGGGAGAUUGAUUUUUACACUGUUGGCAUGGAUGAAGGUUUGGAUAUAUCAUUUGAACAAUUGACCCCCUUUGCACUUUCUCUACUCCAUUUCUUGGAGUUUUUGCUCCAUGACGUAGCUAUCAAUCGCCUUUCCUCAUUUGACUGUAUUAUUUAUAACCCCUUAUCUGAGUGUAUUUUCCAGUCAAUUAUCCAACAGUUUGCAUGUAAUCCAAUCCUCUUAGCAAAUGUUUAAUGUAUUAUUUGACCAAGAUGAUUUAUGGUGUCAUUUUCAAUACAUUUCAUGUA